CUCUCUCACAGACACACCCUCCUCCAGCCAACCCCGCCAUGGCCACCUCCACCAUGUCUGUCUGCUCUGACGCCCGCACCAACUCCUCCUGGCAGGUGGAUGACUGCCCAGAGAGCUGCUGUGAGCCUACCUGCUGUGCUCCCAGCUGCUGCCAGCCCAGCUGCUGUGUGCCCAGCUGUUGUGUCCCUAGCUGCUGCCAGUCCAGCUGCUGUGUCCCUAGCUGCUGCCAGUCCAGCUGUUGUGCCCCCAGCUGCUGUGCCCCAGCCUCCUGCCUGACCCUCAUCUGCACCCCAGUGAGCUGUGUGUCCAGCCCCUGCUGCCAAUCUGUCUGCUGCACACCCUCAUGCUGCCAGCCCUCCUGCUGUGUGCCUGUCUGCUGCAAGCCUGUCUGCUGCACACCCAUCUGCUCUGGAUCCUCCUCAUGCUGCCAGCAGUCUAGCUGCCAGCCCUCAUGCUGUCAAUCUUCCUGCUGCGUGCCUGUCUGCUGCAAGCCUGUCUGCUGCAAGCCCUGCUCCAGCGUGUCCCUGCUCUGCCGCCCUGUGUGCAGACCUGCCUGCUGUGUGCCCACCUCCUCCUGCUGUGCCUCCUCCUGCCAGCCCAGCUGCUGCAAGCCCUGCUCCAGUGUGUCCCUGCUCUGCCGCCCUGCCUGCUCCCGCCAGGCCUGCUGUGGCCUCUCCUCAGGCCAGAAGUCCAGCUGCUGCUGACCUGUCCCAUGCUUCAGAGUCCCCCAGUGCAGGUCUGAUACCCUCAGAGUUGUGACCCCAUCCAUCCUGCUCCCCACAACUGGGCUCAGCCUCAUACCCUCCUCUCCGUCCUCAGCCCCCAGUGUCCUCUGUAUUGCUUAUUCCCACACUUUUCAUCUGCCUCAAUGGUGGCUACCAUCCCAUGACCAGUUGAUGACCUGUGAGUCCUGAAAACCUUCUAAGUCCUCCCAGGAGAAUCUGGCCACCCAUGGGGACAGGUGUAUGUGGUAUAGGACGGUCUCUCUGGCACCCUGGCCUCGAGUUGCAUCCAGUGUUGGCCUUCCACUGACUGUCUGGUUGUCCUGUUUCUAUUUGUGUGGCUCUUUUGAAGCAGUCAUUACCCAACAGGCUCCAGGGAGACACUUUGUGGCUACUGGACACCUGUCCUAGUUAGAGACAUCAGACUCUGGCUCCUGUCCCCCUUUCCUGGUCCUUGGAGCUGAGCUGACAUGGAGGUCUCCUCCUCUGUGACCUCCCUCCUCCACUGAGCUUCUCUCUCCCUCCUGGUGGCCCUC